CUCUGCACCUAUUUCGCUCUAGACACUCAUUUCCCCUAAGGAUCAGAGAAACUCAAAAUAGGCCCCUUGUCGUCUCCGUAAGUCCGCAAGGUCCUGCCGGUUCCCAGUGAGCAGGGCACCGGCAAAUACAGUCUGCGACCGCGAGACGUAAAGGGAGGAAUGCUCCUCGGCGCCCCUCCCCAGUCUAUCCUAAAGUCAAGAACGUCCGAGCCCGCCUUUCUCCGGGGGCGGGCUGCACUAAAACAAUAAAAUCCCCCAUUCCCCAUCAGCGGUCGACUGGGGGCUCUCCCGAAGCGGCAGCUCUAUAGGACCACUCUUCUACCCCAAGAUCCCUCGGCUUCGGCCCCCUCGGUGCCAGGGUUUGUGGGACCCCACGCUCAAAGUCUCAGGCUGGGGUCGACAACUGCAGAGAGGGUCGGGAUAGGAAAUUGCGGGUAGCGGCAGAUGCGGGUCCCCAGGCAUCCCGGAGGUUCCCACAGGUCUGCAGUGGGCCUACUUUGCGAAAAGGGCCCAGCUGCGGCGAGCCUCGUUCAAAUCAGAUGCCAGACAGUGUUUCUUCGGAUCCAUCCAAAUAGGUCCCUAAUUUCUCCUUGUGGGAGCCCUGGGCCUCCUUCCAGGCCGGAACCCAAGUGUUUAGGCAGCUGGGAAAGACCGGCCCCCUUUUUCAGUUCUCUCGCGACCUCUAGCCACUUCCGGUUGCUAACGGUUCCCAAGCAGCCCACGAAAACGCUACGUGAACUGGGCCCUGGGCCAGAGGCAGAAAACGGACGGAAGAAAAGGUCUGGCCGGACCAUUAAAGAAAAUCCUUUCUUUGACUGUUUCAAAUUCUUUGAAAUAUUGCUCAGGUUUUUAAGCACAAGCCCAGCCUGCUUUCUGGAUGACACCUGCCACAGGUCAACCUUCCUGAACUUCCUAAAUAGCCCAGAAUAUUCAAAUAUGCCCCUGGCUCAUCAUCCAACUUCGGAGAAUUAACUGGCUAGCACCUUGGAGCACCUGCUGUGGUAACGUGAGUGGCUGAACACCAGACAAAAGGAGGAUUCCAAUCAUUGUUGCAGAUCUUGUUAAAAUCCUGGCUCUAUCCUCAGCUUAGGUGUAUUCUUCCUGUACUAGGAUAAAGCCUCUCUGACGUCUUCAUUAGUCUAAGUAUACAGUCUGGUAUAUGACAAGCAGGACCUUCCUCUCCUGCCCCUGUAUCUUCCAAAACUACAAAAACAGAAAGCCCCAACCUUCUCACCCCUGCCACACACAAAUCCCCACAGUGGACUAUUUAAAAAAUAACAGUACUUGGUAGAUGUAUAUUCUCACUUGCUUUCGUUAUAGAAAAAAGAAAGAAAAUAAAUGAACUAAGCAUCCAACUCAAGGAAUUACAAAAAGGAGAAAGCCUCCCCUGCCCCCAAGGAAAAAGCUAGAAAAAAAUAAAGUAAAAGCAGAAGAAAAUUGAUUAGAAAAUAGAAAAUAGAAAAAUAGUGACAUUAAUAAAUAAAUACAAAAAUAAAAUCUUUGUUAACAAGCCUAUGGUAAAUCCGAUUGAGAGAAAACAUUUAAACAUUAUAAAUUACAAAUAGCAGAGGAAAAUAGCCUGCUAACAUUUUUGAAAAUCUCAAUGAAAUUAGUGAUUUUCUGGGAAAAAAUAUUAGUUCCAAAAUUCAUUUGAGAAGUGGACAAAUCUAAAUAAACUAACCCUACCCUAAAGACAAUAAUUGAAAAUGUUAUGAAAGAAUAAUCUCUGGACUCAGAUAAUUCUGUAGCAUUUUAAUUUUUCAAAAGCAUUUACAUGUGUGUGAUGAAUUCUUUCUAACUUUUCCAUUUGGAAUAUACAGAAAUUGGAAGAAAAAAGGGGAAAUCUAAUUACCUAAUUACCUAAAUACAGUUGAGUUUGUUGUAAUUUCCUUUCAAUUUUUAGUAUUUUAAAUAUUUUACAUAGUUGUGAUUAUAUUAUGUAAUAUAUUCAGUGAUGAAAAGAACACAAGCACGGCUACGCUGCUUGACUUUUUUUUUUUUUUUUUUGAGACGGAGUCUCGCUCUUU